UUUUGUAGACUAUUAAAUGAAAAAGAGAAGCGACCUUUCAUUGAUGAAGCCGAGCGUCUACGAGUCCAGCACAAAAAAGAUUAUCCCGAUUAUAAAUACCAACCGCGUCGUCGGAAACCUCUCAAAACUUCUGGCGUUAGCAAUUCAGGAUCAGUCGAUGUACAGCACCACCUCCCACCAGGCAUGAUGUUAAAGUCACUUCAGAACUCACCCACUCCACAUAUGAGUGAUGGCGAGUCUAGCAAUUGCUCAAGUCCUCAUAACGGCUCACAUGGGCCACCGACUCCACCAACUACACCAAAUCAGCAGGAACUUAUAAAAUGCAUGGCAGAUCGUUCACGUCUCAGAAGCAUGGGAGGAUUACAUUCCCAGGCCCACCCCAUCGACUUUAGUCGGGUAGAUCUACGUGAACUUGGAAAUGAAGUAAUGAGUUUGGAUAACAUUGAUGACCAUGAACUUGACCAGUAUUUGGCAAUGAAUCCAGGUGCCAUCCUCUCGCACCAACAUAACGUCGCUGCGGCGGCAGCAGCUGCCACGGCCGCCGCAGCAGCCCAGUCUGAUAACGGAUAUACGUGCUACAACCAGGUCAGCCCGACUGCUGUCUCUACUGCUCCUACUUGGACUAGCAAUUACCGAGUUUCUGCAAGUGCUUGCGUGCAGCCUUUCAAUAAUGGAAGCCCAACCAGCAUUCCUUAUGAUUUAUCAUCGCAACAGCAACAACAACAGCAACAACAACAACAGCAACAACAGCAACAACAACAGCAGCAACAGCAGCAACAGCAACCACCACCUGCACAUCAAGCGGCCAACGGUCACAUAGGAAUGGCUUCUAAUAUGGUACCAAACAACAAUGCCAACAAUGCUAAUGUGAACAAUUCGAACAACACGAAUAACCCUAACAAUGGUGCAGUCGCUAAUAACAUAGGACAUCAUCAUCGCGGACCAGUUUAUACAACAGCCGCUGAAAACGAAUGUAAGUUCCGCGAACCUAAUUCCCCGGCAACCAUCAAACUGGAACACCUACAAGCACCCCCACCACCAGCACCCCAUGCGCAACCGCAACCACUGCCGCCUCACUUCCGUUGCGAAACAAACAAAUAUGAAGAAUAUGACAAUACAACAUCUCGUUAUUCUAUGAACGAUGACCAGAUAUACCCAGUAACAAACCACCAACAAACAUAUUACUCAAACCAUAAUGGACAAGUAGUUUCUAAUCCUUCUCCACCGACUUAUCAGUAUCUCACAAUGGCUAGACAAACCUUUAACCCCAUCGUCGCAGCAGGACCUGGAGAACAACCAUGGGAACGUUAUACAUGAAACAUUUAAAAUCGUUUUUCAUAUAUAUAUAUUUGUAAUAUAUAUAAAUAUAUAAUAAUGAUAUUAAUAUUAAUAUUGACGAUAAACUUCGGUAGAUCGAAAUUCCUUCCUCUUGUAAGGAAACAGUUGAUCUCAAAAGUACAAUUACAUGAAAACCCCUUGUGUAUAUGAACUAGUGAUUGUGAAAUAUAAGAAAUUGAAAAAGAAAGCAUUCUAAAACACUUGUUUAAAACUUCGGAGAAAAAAAUCUAAUGAUACUUUAAUGCUUUCAAAUGAUUUUUAUAUAUACAUAGAUAUGUGUAUGUGAAUGUGUGAGUGUGUGACUAGGGUGAAAGAGGAAAAUGCAGAGUCGGGGUUUAAACAGAGAUAUUCAAAUUGAAUAAAAGGUGACAAAAAGCAUGUUAAUUUACAUGAAUCUGAAAAUCAAAUCCUAUGACAUUUAAAGAGUUGUUUGUGUACAGGUCCAAGCGUUUCAUUAAAAACAUUUUUUUUAUGAAUCACACAUUUGUGUAGAGUAGACAUCAGAUUCUAGUUAAAGUAAAACUGUGCCUCUAUUACAAGAAAGACGAGGAAAAACUUUUCUCGUUUUAUCAACAAUAAUAAAUGAUGAUUAGAAAUUAUCAUUUGAAAUAGAACUUCUUGGGAAUAUUCCAAGAAUACAAAAUAUUCGAACUUUUCAAUUCAGCACAACAAGACUGGUGCUUAGAAAUGCAUGUAAAAAUCAAUUAACAGUAUAUCUUGUAUCAUACAAUUGACUGUUAAAAACUUUUAAUUUCA